GGCGCAUUGCGCGGCGUAGCGCGGGAGCAGCAACGGCGCAAUGGAGGAGAAGCACCGGCGGAUUUUGCGGAGGUUGCGAAUGGAGCUGGCCAGGCAGCUCAGGGUGGAUCUGGUGGUUGAGUAUUUGUACCAGGAGGGGAUCCUGAACCAGAGUUUCCUGGAGGAGAUCCAGGCGGAGCCGGUCAGUGUCCGCAGGUGCCUCAAACUCUUGGAUUACCUGCCGAGCCGUGGAGCCCGGGCUUACCCCGCUUUCGCCGACUCUCUCCGGGAGGAAUUUCCGUGGCUGCGCCGGCGGCUGGAGGAGGAGGAACGGGCGGAGGAGGAGCUCGGAGAACCAGCAGAUGAAUUGCGAGCAACUAUUUCAGACCACACCCUGAAGAGUGUACCUACUGACAAGCAAUUAAACCAACUUUCCAGCCACCUGGGACCAGAGUGGGAGAGAAUUGUGGUGGAUCUCGGACUGAAGGAGUCAGAUCUUUAUCGAUGUAAAAUGAACCACCAAUGCAAUCUCCAGGCACAGAUCCUGGCUGCCUUUAUCCUGUGGAAACGACGACUAGGAAAGCGAGCAACUGUGCGGUGUUUGUGCGACAGUCUGAUUUUAGCUGAGAGCGACCUCGGGGUGAUAGCCAAAAUAUUCUGGGAAAAUCAUUGACAAUCUAAUCCUCAAAACCACUUUGUACCUGGUGUCCAGUUUGAAAUGCAGAAAGACUACGAGGAGACUUUUCCUUCUCUCCAUCAGAUGGAAUGAGGAGGGAUAUUAUUUUGAGAAAAAAGAAUAGUUCAGGAUUUAGGGAAAAGGCACAAUCUUUCUACAGUGUAAUUUAAUGAUUUUUUUUUGUGUUUCUUUUCUAACAGUAGCUUUAAACUGAAAUAGAGAUAAACAAACGGUACCUUCCCAUGCAACCGCAGAAGGUGCAACACCUGCCCAUUUACUUCCCCUCUCCUCACCGUCCAAGGGCCCAAACACUCCUUUCAAGUGAAGCAGCAUUUC